UGGAAUUAGGAUGAUGUCAUAUUGACAAUGAAUACUCAAUUUUUUCAUUUAUAAUGUGAAAUGUAUUUUAAAUUUUUUGGUUGAGUACUGCAACAAAAUUAUGGAGGAUAUUUUGUAAUAAUGGCAGGUCGGAAAGCCUUCAUAGUAAAAGUAGAACUAGAUGUCCAAGCAGUUACUUGUCCUGGGGUAUGGCUAUGUUCCAAUGGUCAAGUAUCGCUUCAGGUGUAUAUGUUAGACUCCUGUGUCCAAACUUCAAGCUUCCGACCUUCAUUUCCCAUGUUAUUUCAUGAACAAUUUAUUUUUACGAAAACUCUUCCAACAAAGUAUCAUCUAGAAGAUUUGAGUAAACAGCUGAGUCGAGAAUGGCUGUAUGCUGAGUUGAUUCAAUGGGAGAACUGUGAAUCUGGCAAUGUUUUGGCCUACUUUCAAAUACCUUUAACUGAAUUCCUGUAUCCGAAUGUAGGUGGUGGAGUUCCUAGUGGUUCAGAAGUAGAUUUGUUGAUGGAAGCUACACCUGCUUUUCCUGGAGCUAUAGCACCUAAAUUGGAAGUGAGCACCAAAACUACCAUUGAAGAAACCUUGUGUUCCUGCAUUCAGCAAAAACCAAAUAUAGGCACCAUAGUGAAUCCGAAAACAAUCCUGUCCUGUACUGGGCGUCCAAGGGGACAUAGAUCAGUGUGCCACUCAACCUUUAACAAAGCACAUAGGAAUAGAAAAUGUAGACCCACCUGCAUAAUGAAAUGUAAAGUAUAUGAAAGGCCGCCUUGGAGGUAUAGAAAAGUGGAAGAUGGUUUUCUGCAACGUCAACGUGUACUAGACCUGCCGAUGAAGCCAACUCCUCAGAUGGAGCUAGACGGCGGCCCAGAUGGAGGUCCAUAUGGUGGGCCUAGAAGCACUCAACCAGACAAAGGAAUGGAAAUACGUAAAAUAUUGAAGGAAAGCCUGAGGAAGGCUCUAGGGCAACCUGCUACAACAGGACCUUGUCAACCAGGAAAUCGUUUAUGUGGUUGUGGAACUGGACACGCAGAAGCGGCAUGCCCUGUAUGUCAAAAAUAUAGUGGAGUUUUCAGCAAUAAGAUGACUCGAGGGAAUAAGGAUAAGCAGGUUUUCUUUUCAACUGUAAAUCCGGACCAAACCCUGUACAGACAGCUUAUACGUCAUGCCCGUCAAAACUAUGGGGAAAUUUGCCCAGAAAUUCCCAGGCCUGUGAAAACUGACCCAGAAUGCAGAGCUCAUAUGGGUCAAAUGACUUGCUCAACAGUUUAUGAAGUACCAGAGAAAAAGGUCAAUAUCGCAAAGAAACUACAUGAUAGAAUAUCUAGGACAUUACAAAGUGUACCAAGAUAUAUUGAGGAAAUGAAAGAUUCAUGUAUUAAUGAAGGAUACUGUGAGCAACCUACUACUGAUGCCCGAUGCCCAUGUGAACAAAUGCCAGAUAUGGGAAAAUUCUACAAGGAAUUAUUCCAGGAAGAAUAUAAAGAAUAGUUUUUAUUUAAUAUAAUUUUUAUUUUGAAUAUAUAUAGAUAUAUAUUGAUUA